UGUUUGUCACUUAAUUGAACGCAAUUAAUUUUCUGCAUAUUAUGUAUAUAAAGUCAAAGGUAGCAGCAAUGUGCAUCAGUAUAGUUCUAUACAGUCUACAAAUACUAACAAUCCAAUAUGAAGAAGUUCGCAGUUUUGAUUGCAGUCCUAUUGGUAGCUAUGCAGGUGGCAUCUGGAGUGGCUCAAUUGGGGUCGUCUCAAGGUGGUCAAGGAGGAAUGGGUCAGGGUCCACCAUCUGGUGGUCCACCAUCUGGAGGUAACGGUGGUGGUAGUAGCAGCUCAAUGAACGGCGGAGGUGGCAUGGGCGGUUCUGGAGGAAACCAAGGCUAAUUCUAAUUAAAUGGAUGUAAACAACUGUUAUAAAUGAAUAAUACAUGUUAUUAAUAAUG